AUGUCGCUCUUCGGUUCUGUCGGCGCAGCGGCGACGACAGCGAAUCAAACCAACACCACCGGUGAUAUUUCCAAAGAUGUCGCGCUGAAUUCGCCCCCGGAAGACAGCAUCUCGGAUCUGCGGUUCUCCCCCGCCAGCGAACACCUCGCCGUCGCCUCGUGGGACAAGAAAGUCCGCAUCUAUGAGAUCAACGAACAGGGCCAGAGCGAAGGGAAAGCUCUGUUCGAGCAUGAAGCCCCGGUGUUGAACUGCUGCUGGUCACCAGAUGGAACAAAGGUCGUCGGAGCUGGCGCUGAUAAAGCCGCCCGCAUGCUCGACCUCGCCGCCAACGCUACCACGCCCGUCCAGGUUGCCGCCCACGACGCCCCCAUCCGAUGCUGCCACAUGAUCCCGAACCCGGCGGGGAACAGCCCGCUGCUGGUGACGGGGUCGUGGGACAAGACGGUCAAGUACUGGGAUCUCCGGCAGUCGACGCCGAUCGCGACGCUCGAGUGCCAGGAGCGCGUGUACACGAUGGACGUCAAGAACAAGCUGCUCGUGAUCGGCACGGCGGACCGCUACAUCAACAUCGUCAACCUCGACAACCCCACGAAAUUCUACAAGACCAUGCAGUCCCCGCUCAAGUGGCAGACGCGGGUCGUCAGCUGCUUCACCGACGCCACCGGCUUCGCCGUCGGCAGCAUCGAGGGCCGCUGCGCCAUCCAGUACGUCGAGGACAAGGACUCCAGCUCCAACUUCUCCUUCAAGUGCCACCGCGAAACGCCCCCCGGCCAGCGCGACGUCAGCAACAUCUACUCCGUCAACGCCAUCUCCUUCCACCCCGUCCACGGCACCUUCUCCACCGCCGGCUCUGACGGCGGUUUCCACCUCUGGGACAAGGACGCCAAGCACAGACUCAAGGGCUACCCCAACGUCGGCGGCCCCAUCACCGCCACCGCCUUCAACCGCACCGGAAACAUCUUCGCCUACUCGGUCUGCUACGACUGGAGCAAGGGCUACUCCGCCAACACGCCGCAGCUCCCCAACAAGGUCAUGCUACAUCCCGUCGCGCCAGAAGAGGUGAAGCCUCGCCCGGGCACCCGGAAGCGGUAG